AUGCUUCGCUUUAUUCUUGUCGUUCUCGUCGCAUUGAUGGCAAUGGCAUCUGCGCAAUAUGGGUAUUACGGCAACUACGGUGGCUAUGGUGGUGGAUAUCCAAUGUAUGGUGGAUAUGGAAUGAAUGGUGGAUACGGAAUGGGAAUGGGCGGAAUGGGAGGCGGUCUUCUUGGAAUGCUGCUCGGAAAGAAAUAA